AUGUUGCUGGAGUCGCGAAAUCUCGCCGGCAGGAAGAGAAACGGAUUGACGCUGUCUUCGUUCGGUGGUGGAGGUGGCGGCUGCGGCGGUGGAGGCGGAGGUGGAGGAGGCGGAGGAGGAGGAGGAGGAGGAGGAGGCGGCUGCGGUGGUGCCGGCAGCGAGGAAGACGACGAAGAAUCUCGACAUCUGUUUCUUGGAAGAAAAAUGCAGACCGAGGGUGCCGCCGCCUCCGCGGUUUCCGCCGGUUUGUCACCCGGCUGCACGCGCGACGAUGGCGACGAGAGCUCCAGCCCCUCGCCGAACGGUAGCCUCUUGAAUAAUCUCAACAACAACUGCAACUCGAACCGCCAAUGCGCCACCGAUUUUAGCAUCGCGGCCAUCAUGGCCCGAGAUUCUAGGCAACAGCAGCAGCAGCAACAGCAACAGCAACAACAGCAACAACAGUCGCAGCAGCAGUCACAGACGUCACCGUCGCAGCAGCAGCAGCAGCAACAGCAGUCGCUUCAGCAGCAAACCCAGUCGCAAUUGCAGCAACCGUAUCAUCAUCGGCAGUUGCAGCAACAGGCCGUCGGCGGAGGGAAAUUGCAUCAACACGAAAGGGAACCGAGUGUUUCUGGUGUGGUCCGUUCCGGAGCUCCACCGAUUCAGGAAACGAUCGUCGCGGAAGACGAUCCGGAGACGGACGACGCCGGAAGCACCAGCGGCAAGGCAGCUUCUCCCGUGAAUCCUCUCCUUCAGGAACGGACCAACUGCGAAGAGCUUAAGCACGUGAUGUGUCAUCUAGAGACGAAAGAUUUGUGGGAUAAAUUCAACGAACUGGGCACCGAGAUGAUCAUCACGAAAACUGGCAGGAGAAUGUUCCCAACGUGCAGAGUGUCGUUCAACGGGCUGAAGGCGGACAGCCGAUACGCAGUACUGAUGGACAUCGUUCCGGUGGAUAACAAGAGGUAUCGGUACGCGUAUCACAGGAGCUCGUGGCUGGUAGCCGGGAAGGCCGAUCCACCGGCGCCCGCUCGUCUCUACGUGCACCCGGACUCACCUUUCACGGGCGAGCAGCUCCGAAAGCAGGUCGUCUCGUUCGAAAAAGUCAAGCUGACCAACAACGACAUGGACAGGCACGGGCACCUGGUGUUGAACUCGAUGCACAAAUACCAGCCGAGGAUUCACCUGGUGAAGCGACCGGAGUCGGGCACCGCCAAGCCAAUAACGGACCUCGAGAAGGAACCUCACAAGACCUUCAUAUUCCCAGAGGCGAUAUUCACCGCUGUCACCGCCUAUCAGAAUCAACUCGUCAUUGUGAGAAACAAAAGGAGAUAUCAAACUGAUUACUUCCAACGAUUAUUUCGAAAAUUCAGGAUUUUCCAUUUUGAAAGAUACUACGUAUUGACGAUGCAGCCUUCGAGAAGAAAAAGAAAGUCACUUUCACCGAUUCCGAAGCUACGAAAUCUUGAUUUGGGACCAUUGUACGACCACUGUCAGAUGAAGAAAAUCUUCCAACCGUCGUCGAGAGUUUACGGAAGCGGAAACGAUGGAGUCGAUGCUGGCCGAGCAGCAGUCGCUGAGGUUUCCCCAUCGGCUCCCGUUCGAGAUGGAUCAGCUUCAGGCCGGCGCGGCGGCGGUGGGCAACCUCAGCCUGGAAGAGAAGGCACUGUGGGCGGCGCGGUCGCAGAUGCUGCUUCGUGCCGCGGCGGCGGUCGCUGUCAGCCCGUACGCUCAGUUGGUCGGUCCGGCGGCCCUGGUGUAUCCUGGCGCCUCGUCCGCUGCUGGGACUAGCCAUCAACAGCAGCAGCAACACCAACAGCAGCAACAGCAGCAACAACAGCUCGGACACCUGUGGUGGGCCUCGUCGAUAGGGCCGACGUUGUUCGCUGCCGCCCAUCAUCAGCAACAACAGCAGCAACAGCAGCAACUGGCAGGAUCGAGCACACAGAGCCCCAGCACCACGGGUCCAGCGGCGCCUCGACCUCUCUAUCCGUCGGCCUUGGCCCUGGCGCAUCAUCGUUUCUCCCCCUAUCACAUGGCCACCGCGGCGCCCAAGUCGUCCACGCCGAUCGGGCCUUCGCUCUCACCCUCGCCCUCGCGAAGGGCGACACCGUCGCCGACCGACAGCCUCGGCAGAGACGGCCAGGAUCUGUCGCCGUCGUCGUAG